GCCCGGCCCCUUCGGCGAGGAGUUUGGAGCCGCCCCGCUGCGGAGUCCACGCCAGCAGAGCGUGAGCCACGCGAGUGCCAGAGCCCGGGUGCUGCGGCCAUCUCUGCUUUACAUCUGGGUUGGACCCCGGCAUCGAGGUCUCCUUCCUGCACUUUGGAAACUGAAGGGACUGCGACGUAAACCGUGUUCUCUGAAGUAAAAUGACUUGUCAAAAACUUUGUUUGGCUUUGUUACAUUGGGAAUUUAUAUAUGUGAUAACGGCGUUUAACUUGGCAUAUCCCAUUAAUCCUUGGGGAUUUAAGUUGUUUUGCAUACCACCAAAUACAACCUAUGACUUUCUCCUGUCUGCUGGAAUCUCAAAGAACGCUUCAAUUUUGAAUGGAUAUUAUGAGACACUUUCUGAAGCUAAAUUUAAUUCAAGUGGUACAUACUAUUCUAACUUAACAUCCAAAACAACUUUCCAGUGUUGUGUUUGGAAUGGGGAAGAUAAGCACUGCUCUGGACAUGCAGAUGACAUUGAAAGGAAGGCAUUGGUUUCAACAGUAAAUCCUUUAGUUUUUCAACAAAUAGGUGCAAACUGGAACAUACAGUGCUGGAUGAAAGAGGACUUGAAAUUAUUCAUCUGUUAUAUAGAGCCAUUAUUUAAGAAUCCUUUCAAGAAUUACGAGCUUAAGGUCCAUCUUUUAUAUGCCCUGCCAGAAGUGUUGGAAGAAUCACCGGCGGUCCCCCCGAAAGGCAGUUUUCAGCUUGUGCGGUGCAACUGCAGUGUUCCUGAGUGUUGUGAAUGCCCCGUGUCUGUGCCAGCGGCCAGACUCAACUGCACGCUCUUUAUGUAUUUAAAAAUCACAUCCGCUGGAGUGGUAUUUCAGUCACCUCUAAUGUCGGUUCAACCCAUAACUAUCAUGAAGCCGGAUCCACCAUUAGGUUUGCAUAUGGAAAUCACAGACAGUGGUAAUUUAAAGAUUUCUUGGCUCAGUUCAACACUGGUACCAUUUCAACGUCAAUAUCAAGUGAAAUAUUCAGAGAAUUCUACAAGUGUGAGAGAAGCUGAUGAGAUUGUCUCAGCCACAUCUCUGCUAGUAGACAGUGUGCUUCCUGGGUCUUCGUAUGAGGUUCACGUGAGGGGCAAGAGACUGGAUGGCCCUGGAAUCUGGAGUGACUGGAGCUCCCCUCUCAUUUUUACCACACAAGAUGUCAUAUACUUUCCCCCUAAAAUUCUGACAAGUGUUGGCUCUAAUGUUUCUUUUCACUGCAUCUACAAAAAUGAAAACAAGAUUGUUCCCUCAGAAAAGAUUGUUUGGUGGAUGAAUUUAGCUGAGAAAAUUCCGGAAAGCCAGUAUAAUGUUGUGGGGGACCGCGUCAGCAAAGUCAGCCUUCCCAACCUGAACGCAACCAGGCCUCGGGGGAAGUUCACCUACGAUGCAGUGUACUGCUGCGAGGAGCACGAGUGCCACCACCGCUACGCAGAGCUGUAUGUGAUCGAUGUCAAUAUCAAUAUAUUGUGUGAGACUGAUGGGUACUUAACUAAAAUGACUUGCAGAUGGUCAACUAAUGCAAUCCAAUCACUCGUGGGGAGUACUUUGCAAUUGAGAUAUCACAGGAGCAGCCUUUAUUGUUCUGAUGUUCCAUCUAUUCAUCCCACAUCUGAACCCAAAGAUUGCCAUUUGCAGAGAGGUGGUUUUUAUGAAUGUGUGUUUCAGCCAAUCUUUCUGUUAUCCGGUUACACAAUGUGGUUAAGGAUCAGUCACUCGCUGGGUUCCCUUGAUUCGCCUCCGACAUGUGUCGUUCCUGAUUCUGUGGUGAAACCAUUGCCUCCAUCCAGUGUGAAAGCAGAAAUUACUUCAAAAAUUGGAUUAUUGAAAAUAUCUUGGAAAAAGCCAAUUUUUCCAGAGAAUAAUCUUCAGUUCCAGAUUCGCUAUGGUUUAAAUGGGAAAGAAGUACAAUGGAAGAUGCAUGAGGUAUCUGAUGCAAAAUCAAAAUCCGUCAGCCUCCCGGUGCCAGACCUGUGUGCUGUCUACGCCGCGCAGGUGCGCUGCAGGAGGCUGGAUGGACUGGGGUAUUGGAGUAAUUGGAGCACUCCGGCCUACACAGUUGUCAUGGAUAUAAAAGUUCCUAUCAGAGGACCUGAAUUUUGGAGAAUAAUUAAUGAAGACAUCACUAAAAAAGAGAGAAAUGUCACUUUACUUUGGAAACCCCUGAUGAAAAAUGACUCAUUGUGCAGUGUGAGAACAUAUGUGGUAAAACAUCACACUUCCCGCAGUGGAACAUGGUCAGAAGAUGUGGGCAAUCACACCAGAUUCACUUUCCAGUGGACAGAACAAACACACACUGUUACAGUUCUGGCUGUCAAUUCAGUUGGUGCCUCUUUUGCAAAUUUUAAUUUAACAUUCUCAUGGCCUAUGAGCAAAGUAAAUAUCGUGCAGUCACUCAGUGCUUAUCCUUUAAACAGCAGUUGUGUGAUUCUUUCUUGGAUGCUCUCACUUACUGAUUACAAGCUGAUGUAUUUUAUUCUUGAGUGGAAAAUUCUUAAUGAAGACAAUGAAAUUAAAUGGCGCAAGAUCCCUUCAUCUGUUAAGAGGUAUUAUAUCCAUGAUCAUUUUAUCCCUAUUGAGAAAUAUCAAUUCAGUCUUUACCCAAUAUUUAUGGAAGGAGUGGGGAAGCCAAAGAUAAUUAAUAGUUUUUUGCAAGAUGAUAUUGAAAAACACCAGACUGAUGCAGGUCUAUAUGUAAUUGUGCCAAUAAUUAUAUCCUCAUUAACCUUGCUGCUUGGAGCAUUGCUAAUAUUACAUCAAAGAAUGAAGAAGCUGUUUUGGGAUGAUGUUCCAAACCCCAAGAAUUGUUCCUGGGCACAAGGACUGAAUUUUCAAAAGCCAGAAACGUUUGAGCAUCUUUUUAUCAAGCACACAGAGUCGGUGACGUCUGGCCCUCUUCUUCUGGAGCCUGAAACCAUUUCGGAAGAUAUCAGGGUGGAUACGUCGUGGGAAAAUAAGGACGGGAAGGCACCGGCAACUAUGGUUCCUCUGCUUUUGACAACUCCGGACCCUGAAAAGGCCUCUGUGGGUCUGAGUGACCAGCGCGGCAGGGCCGGCGACUCUGGGGGGAGCCCCGAGGCGGCCCGGGGGGGCCAGGGCGAGGGCAGGGCGCAGGCCCCCGUCCGAUACGCCUCCCUGCUCUGCGACGCGAAGCCGGGCGCAGCCGAGGCGCCAGGGCCCCUGCACAGCCCGGGCCGGAGCCCUCCGCCCCAGGGCCCCUUCCCUGAGAGCUCCUGGGGGGCAGAGACACAGGCACUUUUCAUGUUACCAGAUCAGCAUCCCGGUAUCAUUCCACCACACCUUACAUUCUCAGAAGAAUUGGAUACACUUCUGAACCUCGAGGGAAAUUUCUCUGAAGAAACUAAUGAUGAAAAAUCCAUCUACUAUUUAGGGGUCACAUCGAUGAAAAAGGAGAGUAGUGUGUUUCUGACUGACGAGCCAAGGGUGCUGUGUCCAUACCCAGCCCACUGUUUAUUCACUGACAUCCGAAUCCUCCAGGACAGUUGCUCACACCUUGUAGAAAAUAAUUUCAACUUAGGAUCUUCUGGCCAGAAGGCUUUUGUGUCCUACAUGCCUCAGUUUCAGACUUGUUCCACCCAGACUCAGAAGAUAACAGAAAACAAGAUGUGCGACCUAACUGUCUAAUUUCAAUCAAGAAACAGCUCAAGUUAUGUUACAGUGAAACCUAAAACGUGUAAUAUAUUCCCCUAUAGUCGUGGAUAUGGGAGAGGAAAGAAAACUGUCGGAGUCAAAUUUGAAAGGGAUUGUUUCAGAACGAAUGGUACCUGUCUGUCCUCGCUCAGCCAUACAGACGAGUAACGGGAGAGGGCCUUCGGGAGCCCGGCAGCCUCCAGUGGCCUGUUUCUAGCUGAAAAUAAACCCAACGAAUAUCUUCCGUGAACAUUAGACCUGUGUAGAAAGAGCUAAGCCUCUGGAUCAUACCUACAUCUGAAAGAAGACUUCACACUAACGCUUGUGAGACGUGCCUGUUGUUUCAGGGAUGUGGUAGUUCUGCCGUGAGGCGUCUUUGUUUUACCCUAAUUUAUAUGCAUGCGUGUACAAACACACCUAAUAGGCGUCAUUGUGCAUUUUUGAAAUGUGUGAUGUGUCUGAAUUUUGUGCCACUAGGCUGUGUGGUUUAAGGACUUUUCGAUUUAACCAGCCUGCCUUGAGCACUUCCUCUGUGUUAAGCACUCCACUAAGUGUUGCAGAGAAACAGAGGCCUUAGCCCUGGCCUCGGGGACACGCGGGUGAAGCCUGACAGGUCAGCCGGUGUUAUGUAUAAAACCUAAGAUGUGUACCGUAGAAGGAAACCAACUUACUAUAAUGGCAAUACCCACACCAGUAUUUUGAGAACAACACAAGCACUUUUGAAACAUGCCUGUCUUCACUUUUCUCUGUUCGGUGUUGAAACGCUCACUUUCUGCUUCCGUUAGGUCGCUCGAUGUUGCUGAACGUCACUCUGGAUCCUUGUCUUCCCCUUUCCCACUUGCAUGUACGCUAUUUUUUUCUCCCUUCCUGAACAUUCUCUCUCUGUAACCAACCACUGUGCUAACCCUUUCCAUACUUUAACUCGAUUAAUUAUUAAAAUAAUUAUAUGAGACAUGUACUAUUACACUCCUUUCAAUUUUUUAAAAAUGUUUUUUUUGAUUU